AUGUCUUGCUCAGCCAACCUCUCAUCAUCCCAUUCUGCGUCUCCUCGUCGACCCCCUCCUACUCGUGACCACUUGGAAAGUUUGAUCGCCAGACACGGCCGUCCGACUCGCUUCUCCCUUUCAUCCCUUGAAGAAUUGACCGCAACAUACUCCACAUAUAGCCCUCCUUCGCCCCUCCCCCGCUCCCGUUCCCCUGUCACCGAGUUAUCCGAUCCUUUUGAGAAGCUCUCAACCUCGAGCUAUCAACCCCGGUCAAGACCGAUACCAAUACCAAGGUCUUACUCGGCUCAAGAAGAGGACAUCCCUGUCACUCCAUUAACUGGGCGGUUCGAGAAAGACUACUUUCCUCAUCGCGACUUUUUCCAUCGCGAUCUUUCGCCGGAACGGAAUUCGGACGGACGCACACGCACUCGUCCCGGACACCGUCGUUACUACAGUGACAGAAUGCGCUCUGAUAGCUCGACUUUCUACUCCGUUGCUUCUUCGACCAUGGCUGCCUCUGGACGUUCUGGCUCCUCCCCGCAGCCAUCUCGGCAGAGCACAGCCAAGUCAGCGCCGACAUUCCACCUCGGUGAUCUUCCACGAUUCCAUCCUGCGGUCUACCAAUCAUCUGGCAAUGCCCAAUCCAUGGUCGGGCCGCCAUCACCUCGUCAAUCUCGACAGAACAUUUAUCGUCCUUCUUCAUCACGUGAUCCCGUCUCGCAAUACCGUGAGUUUGUUGAGGGCGUUGUUCUUCAGAAACCCGGGUCACGCCAACUGUCUCCUGGCCCGGCUGCUCCGCGCCUGAACCCGCUCAAUAGCCCAGGACCCGUCACGCCGUUGGCUUUGGAAGAUGCCGGUGGCUACCUAACCGCUGGCACCUCCAGCAGGUCCGAGCUGUCUCGGGAACUCCAGCGAUCGGCCCAGGCGCCGGCGCCUGAAUUGUUGGAGCGCUUAAUCGCUCGGGAGAACGAGAGGACUAGACAAAAGGUACGGAAAGCCACCAAAGGGUGGUAA